GUCAAUCACGUGGCCCGGCUGAGGUUCGCGAUGGAGGCCCCCAUGGACGGGAGCCCCGGCGGCCGAGCAGGCUGGGCGCUGGCGCUGUCCUCGCUGGCCGCGCUGACUGGGCUGUUGCUGGGCGGCCCAGCGGGAGCCCUCCCCACGCCGGGGCCCGGCUGGCAGCACCAAAACCCCGACCCGCCCGUUUCCCGCAUCCGCUCGCUGCUGCUGGACUCCGCGUCGGGUCAGCUGCGCCUGGUGGACGGUCUCCAUCCCAACGCGGUGGCCUGGGCCAACCUCACCAACGCCAUCCGCGAGACCGGGUGGGCCUAUCUGGACCUGGGCACAAAUGGAAGCUACAAUGACAGCCUGCAGGCCUAUGCAGCUGGUGUGGUGGAGGCCUCUGUGUCCGAGGAGCUCAUCUAUAUGCAUUGGAUGAACACGGUGGUCAACUACUGUGGCCCCUUCGAGUAUGAAGUCGGCUACUGUGAGAAGCUCAAGAGUUUCCUGGAGACUAACCUGGAAUGGAUGCAGAGGGAGAUGGAGCUUAGCCAGGACUCUUCAUACUGGCACCAGGUGCGGCUGACUCUCUUGCAGCUGAAAGGCCUGGAGGACAGCUACGAAGGCCGUUUGACCUUCCCAACAGGGAGGUUCACCAUCAAACCCUUGGGGUUCCUCCUGCUGCAGAUUGCUGGAGACCUGGAAGACCUGGAGCCAGCGCUGAAUAAGACCAGCACCAAGCUUUCCCUGGGCUCUGGCUCCUGCUCUGCUCUCAUCAAGCUGCUGCCAGGUGCACGUGACCUCCUGGUGGCACAUAACACAUGGAACUCCUACCAGAACAUGCUACGCAUCAUCAAGAAGUACCGGCUGCAGUUCCGGGAGGGGCCGCAAGAGGAGAACCCCCUGAUUGCUGGCAACAACGUGGUCUUUUCGUCUUACCCGGGCACCAUCUUCUCCGGUGAUGACUUCUACAUCCUGGGCAGUGGGCUGGUCACCCUGGAGACCACUAUCGGCAACAAGAACCCAGCCCUGUGGAAGUACGUGCAGCCCCAGGGCUGUGUACUGGAGUGGAUUCGAAACAUCGUGGCCAAUCGCCUGGCCCUGGAUGGGGCCACCUGGGCAGAAGUCUUCAAGCGGUUCAACAGUGGCACGUAUAAUAACCAGUGGAUGAUUGUGGACUACAAGGCAUUCAUCCCUGGUGGGCCCAGCCCUGGAAAUCGGGUGCUGACUAUCCUAGAACAGAUCCCGGGCAUGGUGGUGGUGGCCGACAAGACUGUGGAGCUCUACAAGACGACCUACUGGGCUAGCUACAACAUCCCGUUCUUUGAGACUGUGUUCAACGCUAGUGGGCUGCAGGCCUUGGUGGCCCAGUAUGGAGACUGGUUCUCCUACACUAAGAACCCUCGAGCCCAGAUCUUCCGGAGGGACCAGUCAUUGGUGAAGGACAUGGCCUCCAUGGUCCGGCUCAUGAGGUACAAUGACUUCCUUCACGACCCUCUGUCACUGUGUGAAGCCUGCAUCCCGAAGCCCAAUGCGGAGAACGCCAUCUCUGCCCGCUCUGAUCUCAACCCUGCCAAUGGCUCCUACCCGUUUCAGGCCCUGCGCCAACGUGCCCACGGUGGCAUCGAUGUAAAGGUGACCGGCUUUUCCCUGGCCAAGCACAUGAGCAUGCUGGCGGCCAGUGGCCCCACGUGGGACCAGUUACCCCCUUUCCAGUGGAGUAGAUCGCCGUUCCACAACGUGCUGCACAUGGGCCAGCCCGAUCUCUGGACAUUCUCACCCAUCCAGGUCCCAUGGGACUGAGGAUCUGCCUGCACCCAGUUGCCUUCAUUCUGUGUGGCUGCCCACCCUUUGAGGCUCUGGUCUGGAUGGUGUCCCCUGCAGGGACACAGACCCAGUGGGCUCAGAGCUGAUUCUCUGCCCCUCACCGCUCAUGCUCUGUGCCUGUCACCAGUGGGCUGGGGCUUAUGCUUGGCUGUGGGCCUGGUGGGAUCCUGGGUGUCUGUGUGGGACUCCAGUAGGGCUCAUCGUUGCUGUCACUACUAGCCUGCGGGCCCAUCACCUCAGGGAACAGUCCGUGUCCCUCUGGGCAGCUUUCCUGAGGUAGAUGCUUGAAAACAAAAACCAAAGUUUCUGGCUGCUGGUA